GGCGGGCGGCGCGGCGGAACCGGCGAUGCUGCUCUUCUGCCCGGCCUGCGGGAACGUGCUGGUGGCCGAGGAGGGGCCGCGCUGCCACCGCUUCGCCUGCACCACCUGUCCCUACGUGCGCAACGUCACACGGAAGGUGACGAGCAGGAAGUACCCGCGGCUGAAGGAGGUGGACGAUGUGCUGGGCGGCGCCGCGGCCUGGGAGAACGUGGACUCCACGGCAGAGCCGUGCCCCAAGUGCGAGCACCCCCGCGCCUACUUCAUGCAGAUCCAGACUCGCUCGGCCGACGAGCCCAUGACCACGUUCUACAAGUGCUGCAACCCGCAGUGCGGGCACCGCUGGCGGGACUGAGGGGCCGCGGGGAUGCGGCUCCUGCAAUAAACGCGGCACUGCGGGCAA